AUGGCUAACAGGCUAUACUGGGAUUUGGGGAAGCAUCCCUCGGCCAUCGGCAAUCUGGUGGGCCUUCAAUUCCUUAGUGCUAAUGAUGCCUCCAUAUCCAGAGUAAUUCCAGAUAGCAUCGGCAAGCUAGGAAACUUGACUGAGAUUUAUUUGUACAAUAAUAACUUGUCUGGCCAAAUACCUUCAUCUAUUGGAAAUCUCUCAAAGUUAGCUAUCCUUAAUGCCUUUAAUAACAAUCUAGAGGGGCCAGUUCCACCAAGCAUUGGGAAGUUGAAGAGUUUAGUUGCCCUUGUUUUGUCGUGGAACCACCUGAACGGUUCUAUUCCAAGAGAGAUUUUUCAACUUUCUUUCAGUUAUUACUUAGACUUGUCAUACAAUUCACUAUCAGGACCUCUUCCCUCCCAGCUGUCUGGCCAGAUACCUGAAAGUAUUGGCAAGUGCACAGUGCUGCAAGAACUUUGGUUGGACAGAAGCAAAGACAAAGGCAGAAGGGCACACUUGAACCACCAAUGGUUGAGGAACAGUUCUACUAAAAGUUUUGUAGCCGAAUGUGAGACACUGAGAAGGGUGCGCCACCGCUGCCUCAUGAAGAUCAUCACAUGUUGCUCAAGCAUCAAUAAACAAGGUCGGGAUUUCAAGGCAUUGGUUUUUGAGUUCAUGCCAAAUGGUAGCUUGAAUCGUUGGCUCCAUAAAGAAUCUACCAUGCCCACUUUAAACAAUACUCUCAGCCUUGCACAAAGGCUAGAUGUUGCUGUUGAUAUCAUGGAUGCAUUAGACUAUCUUCAUAAUCACUGCCAGCCAUCAAUCAUCCACUGUGAUCUCAAACCAAGCAACAUCCUUCUCAAAGAAGACAUGAGUGCCCGAGUUGGAGAUUUUGGCAUAUCUAGAAUCAUUUCAGAAAGUGAAAGUAAAAUUCUACAAAAUUCCAAUAGCACAGUUGGCAUAAGAGGCUCCAUUGGUUAUGUUGCUCCUGAGUAUGGUGAAGGUUCUUCCAUCACAACUUUUGGCGAUGUUUAUAGCCUUGGCAUAUUGCUGCUCGAGGUUUUCACUGGGAGGAGCCCAACAGAUGAUAUAUUUAGAGGUUCAAUGGAUCUACAUAAGUUUUCAGAGGAUGCUCUUCCAGAUAACAUCUGGGAGAUAGCCGAUAAGACAAUGUGGCUGCACACUAGCACCUAUGACAGCAAUACAAGAAACAUGAUUGAGAAAUGUUUGGUUCAUGUCAUUGCUCUUGGGGUAUCCUGCUCAAGAAAACAACCUAGAUAG